UUUUGAAUAAAUUGAUGGGAAAAGGAUAAAAAGUAAUCCAACUACAGACUAUUAUUAAGGGGUUUUUUUCGAAAAAUUAAAGUCAUUUUACGAAAUAUAUCGGAGUAUUAGUUUUUAUUUCGAGGGGUUGAGACAAUAGGACAAUUAAUUCCAAAUGGAAUGAGUAAUCAUAAGUCCAUAUUGGUUAAGCAUUUCAAAAUCAAGCCUAUUCCGUCAGACCGAAAAGUUAAAGCUGGAGAUAAGAAAAGCAAAAGGUACUAGUAAAGAAUUUGCACCAAAACCCAAACAACACCAAAAUGUUUGUUUUUGAAACACUGAAAGAAGUUUAGUGUUAAGAGUAUUUAGUUCUUCACUCUGUUCCAGAUCUUAGAUGGGUUCAUACUUUCAUGUGCUGGCUUUGCUUCUUCUCUCUCUACCAUGUAUUUUCUCCCAAGUAACAGAGUUCAUUAGCAUAGAUUGUGGAGGAGACAGUAAUUACACAGACAAAAAAACUGGGCUAGCAUGGAUUUCAGACACUGGAAUUAUGAGUCAUGGAGAAACAAUAGAUGUUCAGAACACAAAUGAUGAAUGGGAACCCUACAAAAAGAGGAGGGAUUUCCCAACAGAUGACAAGAAAUACUGCUAUAAUUUAGAAACAAAGGAGAGGAGGAGGUACCUUGUCAGAGCAACAUUUCUGUAUGGAAGCACAGAAAAUGCAGACACAUAUCCCAGUUUCCUGCUAUACUUGGAUGCAACUAAGUGGGCUACAGUUACAGUGUUUGACGGAUCACGAACGUAUGUUGAAGAGAUGAUCAUCAGGGCACCUUCUAGCUCUAUAAAUGUUUGUAUUUGCUGUGCAACUACAGGGUCUCCCUUCAUCUCUACCCUGGAGCUUCGCCCGUUGAAUCUCUCCAUGUAUGCCACAGAUUAUGAGGACCAUUUCUACAUGAAGUCUGCUGCUAGGGUUAACUUUGGAGCUCCUACCAAAGACCCCAUAAGGUACCCGGACGACCCAUUUGACCGAGUAUGGGAAUCAGACCUAGUAAAAAGGCCGAACUUUUUAGUCGGGAUAGCUCCCGGAACAGAAAGAAUCAAUACAACAAAGAACAUAGAAGUGACUAACAGAGAGUAUCCACCAGUAAAAGUGAUGCAAACUGCAGUAGUUGGUACAGAGGGGAACCUAACCUACCGGCUUACCCUAGAGGACUUUCCGGGAAAUGCUAGAGCUUUUGCAUAUUUUGCUGAGAUAGAGAAUAUAAGAUCGAAUGAGACUCGGAAGUUCAAAAUGGAGCAUCCUUAUGUACCUGAUUACAGCAAUGCAGUAGUGAAUAUAGAAGAGAACGCCAAUGGCACCAACAAGCUUUACGAACCUAGCUACAUGAAUGUGACUCUGGAUUUUGUCCUGUCAUUUUCUUUUGUAAAGACACCAGAUUCAACAAAAGGGCCGCUGUUGAGUGCAAUUGAGAUCAGCAAAUAUGUUCAGAUAGGUUCAAAAGCUGACGCUCAAGAUGUGAUUGCCCUUAAUGCUGUUCUUGCCAUGUUGCCUGCCGGUGUGGAAAAACAAGAUGAAGGUGAUCCUUGCACUCCAACACAAUGGGAAUGGGUAACCUGCAGCUCAACUACACCGCCAAGAAUCACUGCAAUACACCUGUCGAAGAGAAAUCUGACAGGGCCAAUACCACCUGAGAUUCAGAAUCUGGAUGCAGUAACAGAGUUGUGGUUAGAGGGUAAUUCUCUCAUUGGACCUAUCCCUGAUAUCAGUAACCUCGUCAACCUGAGAAUUGUGCAUUUAGAGAACAACAGGCUCAAUGGAUCUUUACCCUCUUAUCUCAGUAGCUUACCAAGCUUACAGGAGCUGUACAUUCAGAACAACGAUUUCAGUGGCAAAAUAUCUCCAGCAUUGCUAAGCAGGAAAAUGGUUUUUAACUAUGACGGAAAUCCUAAGCUAACUAAAGGGAUACGACUAGGUACAAGUCUGAAAGUAGGAAUUUCAGUGGCGGCACUUGGAGCACUUAUAGUGGUGAUCCUGGUAAUUUUACUAUUACUACGCAAUUUUAAAAGAAAGACACCUCGGCAGAAAAUUAACUAUAAAGAUGGCUUCUUGCAUGCAGCUGAUGCAAAUACCAAGCCUCCGAAGAAGGGCCAUAACCUCACACGAGGUGCACAUCUAAUGGAAGACGGUAUAGCUUGCUGUAUUAAGCUGUCUGAAUUAGAUGCUGCCACUAUGAAAUUCUCCAAGAAUAUUGGAAGAGGAAGCUUUGGAGUUGUCUAUUAUGGAAGGAUGAAGGAUGGCAAGGAGAUCGCAGUUAAAAUCAUAGGUGACUCGACAAGCCAAGGAACCAAGCAAUUUUUAACUGAGGUUUCCCUGUUAUCAAGAAUUCAUCACAGAAAUUUGGUUCCUCUUGUUGGAUACUGUGAAGAAGCAAACCAUAGAAUUCUGGUCUAUGAAUAUAUGCAUAACGGGACCCUACGAGAUCACAUACAUGAUCCCAUCAAACAGAGGCAGGUAGACUGGCUAACUCGUUUGCGUAUUGCAGAAGAUGCAGCUAAAGGCCUUGAAUACUUGCACACUGGAUGCAGUCCUAGUAUUAUUCAUCGCGAUGUUAAAACUAGCAACAUCCUUCUAGAUAUAAAUAUGAGAGCAAAAGUAGCAGACUUUGGCCUUUCAAGACAAGCUGAAGAAGAUCUCACUCAUGUAUCGAGUGUAGCUAAAGGAACACUAGGCUAUCUAGAUCCGGAGUACUAUGCAAAUCAACAGCUCACUGAAAAAAGUGAUGUUUAUAGUUUUGGUAUUGUUCUCUUGGAACUGAUAUCUGGAAGAAAGCCCAUUACAGAAGAUUACGGGGCUGACUGGAAUAUCGUUCACUGGGCGAGAUCAUUGAUCCGUAAGGGGGAUGUUGGAAGCAUGAUGGACCCUUUGCUAGCAGACAACGUAAAACUUGAGUCUGUGUGGCGAGUGGCUGAAGUAGCCAUACAAUGUGUUGAGCAACAUGGAAUAUCACGGCCUAAAAUGCAGGAAAUAAUCUUGGCUAUACAAGAUGCAGUGAUGUUAGAGAAAGGAUCAGAAAAUAACCAGAAUAUGUCUUCUGGUAGUGGAAGAACACCAUCUUCAAGGAAAACAUUGUUGACAAGCUUCCUGGAGAUAGAGAGUCCAGAUUUGUCAAAUGCUCGGUUAACCCCAUCUGCAAGAUAAACAUGCAUGUAAGAUAGCUUUAUGUAACCUAUACAAAAUGUGUAGCAUAACAUUGCAUAUUGUACAAAAUUAUUUCACCCAAUCAAGAGAUAAAGUUCGAUUUUUGGAACUA